AAGUUAUAAAAAGGUUAGAAUUUGUAUUGUGUAGUUCACUAACCAGUCAAUAACUUUGUUUUAAUUUUUCUGAACGGUUAAUUUUUUUUGACGAACAUGAAUUUCAAUAUCAUUAUUUUCUUCAUUACCACCUGUUUUCUAAGUACCAGUUUGGCUUCCAUCAGAAAUCAAAAAGUUAACAGAGUACAUACGGAAGUUAUGUCAUAUGUUCAGGAAAAAAUGGGGAACAAUAGCUUCAUAAGAGCGAGAGGAUAUUCUGCCCACCUUGAAUGUUAUAAUGGAUUUAUUCCACUGAUCAAUUAUUUGGCAGCUAACGCUAAAGAAGCUUCAUAUUAUUGUGUUAGUGACGCUGAAAAACAAAAAGAUCAGGACUUGGCUGCCCUUCUGAUGGAACGCCGUAAAAUUGAACAAGAAGCUGUUGACAAAAUUACCAAAUCAUUGACUGAUUGUUCGGAAAGAGAGGGAUUGUACUACUUUGAGUGUCUGGCCGAAAAUGCUGAUCUGAAUAUGCAACUCAUGGAAUUCAUCAGAGACAAAUCAAGAGAACUCAUUUCAAAGUAUCAACAGAAGUUUGCUGAAAUCAAUGCAAACGAAGAAGAUUGUCUUAUGAAUACCAUUGAGAUGGCUAAGAUUGCAAGUGACAAUGCAUUUGAUGACCUGAAAUCUUGCCUGAAUGGUGGGCCAGCAAUUGAAUCAGUUGAUUCUUCAAUACAAAUUCCCUAUGAUAUUUAGGAAUUGAGCACAAAUUUAAAUAAAAUGGUAUGAAGGUAAAAAAAUGAAGUAAAACCAUUUU